AAUGGAAUUAGUUGUGAUUGCAAAACUCUAGUUUCACUUUCAGCUUGUUAAAUGACAAUAGCAUUAGAACUAGUUUAAGACUUAUUCGUACAGGUUGCUACAAGGAAAAUGGACGAGAAAACACCGCUAAUAAUCAAGCCCACAUCGCGCACAAGCAAUGCCAGGCUAUACCUCGCUGUUUUUUCUGCUGUUUUGGGGAAUUUCAAUUUCGGCUAUGCCUUGGUGUACCCCUCCCCAGUGAUCCCUCAACUCAAAAACAGUGAUAACCCCCAAUUGAGAAUGGACACAGAACAGAUAGCCUGGUUUGGGUCUAUUUUCACACUGGGGGCAGCAGCAGGAGGACUUGGUGCCAUGCUUCUGAAUGACCUGAUUGGCCGGAAGUUGAGCAUCAUGGUGUCAGCAGUCCCCUCAACAGUAGGGUACAUUGUGAUGGGAGGGGCACAAGCUACUUGGAUGCUACACCUAGGCAGGUUCCUGACUGGUAUCGCUGGUGGCAUGACUGCUGCUUCCAUACCUGUGUAUAUAUCGGAGAUCUCCCACCCCAAAGUUAGGGGGGCUUUGGGAUCGUGCCCUCAAAUCACUGCUGUGUUUGGAGCCCUGUCACUCUAUGCCCUUGGGCUGGUGGUUCCAUGGCAGUGGCUGGCUGUGGUGGGGGAGAUCCCAGCUCUGCUCAUGCUGCUGCUGCUGUGCUUCAUGCCCAACUCUCCCCGCUACCUCAUCAUCUGUGGCAAACAGGAGCAGGCCUGCAAGGCCCUGGAGUUUCUGAGGGGGCCCGACUCAGACUUCAUGACAGAGUACAACAGGAUUGAACUCAGUAUCUCGUCUCAGGGGAGAAUCAGGUGGUCCGAUUUGACAACGCCAUUUUACUACAAGCCCAUCCUGAUCUCCAUAGUGAUGAGGUUCCUUCAGCAGAUGACUGGCAUAACUCCCAUCCUGGUGUAUCUGGAGCCCAUCUUCCACAAGACUGAUGUCUUCCUGGAACCUAAGUAUGAUGCUGCGCUGGUGGGAGCAAUUCGACUGCUGUCUGUGGUGAUUGCUGCCAGUUUGAUGGACAAGGCCGGAAGGAAGGCCCUCCUCUAUACCUCAGGGUUCCUGAUGUUUCUCGCCACCCUUACAAUGAACAUGUACUCCCACACCACACCCUGCCCCUCCGGUAACGUGACUGGUACUGUGCUCCCCACAGACCUCAUAGCACAGCAGGGGGAAGCUGCCUUCAACACCAUCACCCUCAUCCCAUUAAUAAGCACCAUGGUCUUUAUAUUUGGUUAUGCUCUGGGAUGGGGCCCAAUCACUUGGCUUCUGAUGUCUGAGAUCUUGCCUCUGGGAGCACGGGGGGUCGCGUCAGGCCUGUGUGUGGGGGUCAGCUGGUUGACUGCCUUUGUCUUGAGUCAUGUCUUUAUUCAUGUGGUGGAGACCUAUGGACUGUUUGUUCCGUUCCUGUUCUUCUCGGUGGUGUGUGUGGUGAACAUAAUUUUCACCGCCGUGUGUGUCCCUGAGACCAGGAACAGAUCACUGGAGGAGAUUGAGAACUAUUUCCGGACUGGACGUAGUUUCACCAUCAUUGACACAUAGCACCUCUUUGCUGUUGCUUACUGGAGCAUUGUGGACUUCAUCAACAUGAUGCAGUCAUUUGUAUGAAUUGAUUUUAUUCAGGUGUUCAAUUCCGGGAUUUAAAUGUUUUUUAAAGGACAAAGGCACUGUUCUUGAAUCUUAAUGAUAUAGUUGUAUUAAUCACUCAUACAUAUAUUUAAUUGUAAAAGGACUUUACAUACAUACACAUGUGAAAAUAC